GUAACUACUUAAAUAUUCACUUCAUCUGUAGACUGUACUUUGUCAGACAAACUAACAUUCACUGCUAACAUUCACUGCUAACAUUCACUGCAUUCGAACGUGUCAUUCAUCCCGUAACUGGAUUCGGAGAAAAGGUCAUGUGUAUACAGAUAUGUUAUUAUCGAGCUCGAGUUCAAAAUAGUUAUAUUAUAGUUAUAUAAACAUGGAGGAUAUACGAAGUGAAACUAAUGAAUAUGGCGAAGGGAAUCAAAGUCAAGACAAAAAAUCAAAGAAAAUCAAAAAGAAGAAAACGGUUACCGAUGAUAAGGAAUGUGGAUGUAGCAACAUUUCCUCUCUGUGCUCUCACGUUCGGACAAACUGCACGGAUGAAUCAGCCUCGUACAAGUUUUUCAACUUUUUCUUCUACGGCGCAGUUCAAACAUUUAAUUCCUACGUGUCGGUGUAUUUAAAGACACUGGGUUUAACAGCUAGCCAUGUCGGCUUGAUAAAUGGCACACAUCCACUGCUACAAAUUAUUGGCGCUCCUCUGGCAGGAAUAUUGGGAGAUCGGUAUAGAAUCAAGCGAGUUCUUUUGUUGGUAGGAUUAGUGAUUAUGACUGUACGAACUAUGCUAUUUCUGCCGUUUCAACCUCAGAAACAAGUAUGCAAUGUUGUGUAUGUUAAUAAGACGCAUCAUGUAGUUAUUUCAUCAAAGUUAAUUGAAUUUCACAUCACAAAACGAUCAACGAGAGAACAAUUUAUGGGGUCAACAAAACAAACUCAUAAACGCUGGCAACCUGCAAGUAACUCGGGCAUAAAGUUUCAAGAUAUUCUAGGAACUAUUUUAGAGCCAGAGGAUUAUAUUUUCAAUAAUUCAAACGAUGAAUCAGAAAUAGAAAAGGAAGUGAAGCCAAAUACCGAUGUGGAUCCCUUUCUCUCACCACCAAGUGUGAUCAUCGAGAAGACCAAGGACUAUAAAUUGAUGUUUGUUAAAACGGAAGAUCAAGAUGAAAUUGAGCGUAUCUUUAUUAUUCUACUAUGUCUGACGUUAUUCGGCGAGGUAUUUGAAGCACUGGUGUCUACUAUAGCUGACACUUGCUGUCUUGAUUACUUAGGAGAAGAUAGGGAACGUUUUGGAAUGUUUCGUUUCUGGGGAGCUCUAGGAGCGGGUAUCACUUCCCCAAUUAGCGGAGCUUUGUUUGAUCAUUAUGGACAAACUAUUUGUGGUCGAACUGUAAGCGGAUAUCAUUACAUAUUCUAUAUCUAUUUUGCGUAUCUAUGUGCGGCUUUUAUCGCUGCGACACAUUUUCGACAUCGCUAUGAUAGCUCAGCAUCUUCAUCAAAGAAUAAAAAUAUUAAAGAUGCCUUGCUCAAUUUAAACUAUGGAAUUUUUCUCCUAGUAACGCUCUAUAUGGGUCUGUGUUAUGGUUUCCUGACCAGCUUCAGUUUCUGGUUUUUGGACGAUCUCGGUGCAAAUGCAGUUCUUUUAGGUGUGGCCUCAUCUCUUAGGAGCGUGGCUGAAAAUUGUGUUUAUUUUAUUUCACCCUUCGUAUUGGUACGUUUGGGUCACGCGAAAGUAGCAGCUGGAUGUCUAUUGGCGUUUGCUGUCACGUGUCUGUUAUAUUCCUUCCUGUCUAAUCCUUGGUUUGCAGUACCAUUGGAAGUUUUGUCCACAGGCGCGUACGCAUUCUCUUGGACAACAUGUGUCUCGUAUCUCAAUCGAGCUGCUCCACCGGGGUCUAGUACCAUCGUACAAGGUACGUUACGAAACACUUUGCACCAACACUUGAGUGUAAGCCCUGUUUCAGAUGUCGAACCUUUCAUGUGCCGAAUCUAAUGGGAAUGAGUUAAAAUUUUGGUUUGAUCUCAAGUACAUCAGGUACAGCACAUGAAAUGUUCCACGUCUGAAGCGGCUAACUGUUCCAGUUUACAUUUCAUUCUGGGGGAGACAUCCUGUAUACAACAAUGAAAACAAGCAUUAAAACCUGCUGGUAGCCGGAAUGAACUUAUACAUGCAUAUUCAGUAUUUCAAAAUGUUGCGCAUGUAUCUUCUGCAGUUACUUAGUAUUUCAACGGAUGAAUGAAUGGCAAAAAUGUAAUAUUUUUCGACUAUACAAAUAGCAACCAAAACACUAUCCAGUCUAAAAAUGAAUCACCCACAAGGAAUUUUUCUUCGGUACCAAUCCCAUGCAGGCACGGUCCUCACUUCAGUUCGGGUCGCGUGUCGCGUGGUCCAUAAAGCUAAAAGGCUGCAAUAAUGCACUCUCCCAGCUCCCUCGUUUUCUGGCAACAUGUUUGGCUUCGUUCCAAGAUCUCCAACCAGACUUACUACUUUCCUUCUUCACAGUCCUUCUCCAAUUAGUUCUUGGACGCCCCAUGCUUGUACACACUGUAAUUUACAUAAGCAUGUUAUUGUCAUAAGAAUGUGCCCCCAUCCACUUCUGUCUUCUUCACUAAUCCUUGUUCUGAAUAUCCAUUAAAUUUUUUUGUUUUCUUCCAUCAAGGUAUCGUUCAAGCAUCAUUCUGGGGUCUCGGGUUUGGUGGAGGUUCAAUCAUCGGAGGCUUUUCAUUCCGAGUGUUCGGAGAAAGGGAAACGUUCCGAGGAUUUGCUGUCGCUUCAUUCACUGUGCUUGUAUUCUUUAUUAUCAUUCAGUUUAUAUUAACCUCAGCUGAAAAACAAGAGGAAGGGUCUAAAUAUCAGGCUUUGUCCAACAAAGAGGAAAUAUCUCAAUCAAAGAGUCCAACUAGUGAAGAGGAUCAUGAAUAGAACAUAUAAUAAUUAUAUAAAUAAACACUAUUUAUAGUAAUAGUACAAACUAUGAUUAUAUAAAAUAUAGAUUAUAUAGGUAAUUAAAUAGAUAAUGUAGAUUUAUGUACAAUUAAGCACCUUAAUUAAUUAUUCCAAUAUAGCUGGGAAGUAAAAUUAUUUUAUGCACUGUUAUAUUUAAACCGGAACGUGUAUCUUAUUAGGUUUUAUUAUCGCCAAAAUAUACAGCGGUAGCCUUGCAUUUAGAGGCAGAUAAAUAGAGUUGACAUAAUAAUAUGUAGAUUUUAAUACUGCAUGCAAUUCUUAUAGCGAAGCCCACAUAUAACAUUGGUGUAGAAUGAAUAUCAAUUGUAGUGUUAUGCGGCUAUAUAUCUUAAUAUAUAUAGCUGCAUAAUACUGCAAUUAGUAUUCCGUUGAAUACUACACCACGCCAAGGCCAUGACUAUAGGCUUGCUGGACUAGGUUCCCAGUCGUCUUCCUACAGUUAUGAUGGUAAUUUGUCGAUCCUUAUGAGUGGCUGGCAAGUUUAGGUCACGGCCAGGCUUAGUCUGGGAGUGUGAACUAUAGACAAAGGUGCAGUACUGUACUUUUUCCAUUGUUAUAUUUGAAGAAAAGGAUGCCUUUGAAUAAAACUUGGGAGACAUACGCCAUCCCUGUA